UGAUGGCCGACGUCGAACUCUCCCAUUCUGCGCAGUCUGUGCCAGACCCCGCGCCCGUAGCGGAAGACGCAGAAGCUGAAGAGGCAGACCUUCCCCCGCAGGACGCCGAGCUCUCAGCGUUCCUCGCCUGGCUCUCCCUCCUCUCCCUCUCCCCGCCCAACACGCCCUCUCCAACCCUCACAUCCCUCACAGACGGCACUCUCCUCCUCUCCCUCCUCUCCCGCGCUUCCACCACCCACUUCCCCCUCCCGGCACGCCAACUCUCCCCCUCCGACCCCUGGCCCCUCAGGCUCACGCAGCUCAAAGCGCUCUACAGGCGCGUAGCACAGUGGUAUGCUGAGCGCUCUGAUACUCUCCUUGGCCUUGGGGAAAAAGACGGGUCAGGAGAGGAAUGGGUACCUUCUCUCCAGCUGUUGGUGGACACUUCUUCCCCCUCCCCUUCCCUCGCGGAGAGGGAAAGAGAAGUCCUCAAACUCCUCCGACUCGUUGUGGGCGUCGCUGUGCAGGGAGAGGAGAAGGAGGAAGCGGUGGGUGCGAUUAGGGAGCUGAGGACGGACCAGCAGACGCUUAUGAUGCGCGCUAUUGAACGUGUUAUGGCUGCUUUCCCGCCCAGAGCGGAGGGCGCGGCAGAGGACGCGGAUACGAGUAUGAUGACUGAUGACGACCAUUAUUACUCGUUGCAGUCUGCGCGCUCCCGUUUACAGUCGGAGAACACCCAGCUUCACUCUGCCCUCCAGGCGCUCCAGGUGCAAGUGGAUCAGCUCCAGACGCAAGCGUCGGACCUCCAGGCGGAGAAAGACGACGCGCUCCAGACUGCGAGAGAGCUGCGCGCGCAAGCGGAGGAGCGAAGAGGGAGAGAGGUAGAAGCCGGCCUCAGGGGGGAGAUUGAGCGCCUCAAGGAUACACUGCGCACGUCGGAGGAUACGAUCUCUUCCCUCGAAGGGCAGGUGCAGCGCCAGGAACGCGAUUUGUCGGAUAUAUCCCGGCGCGCGCUGGAGUUGCAGGAGAAGGCUGACUCGGCGGGAAGACUUAAGGACCAGGUGGACGAGCUCCGGCAUGCGGCUGAGCGCGCGCAGAAGAACGAGAACGUUAUCGAGAAGUAUAAACGGAAGCUGGAGGAGACGGCCGAUCUGAGGCGGCAGGUCAAGACGCUUACGGAACAGAAUACCCAGCUGGUGAAUACCAACUCUCAGCUAGAAGCUCAGUCCUCCAAAUCGGCAAACGUCAAGCCUCUCCUAGACGCGUACAAACAGCAGAUAAGCGAGCUCGAGUCCAAGGCUUCUGCCCGUGCUGCGGAAGUUGAAGGCCUCAGGGUCAAGUUGGAGGAAGAGAGGCGGGCUAGGGUGGAGCUGGACAGGCUUAGGGAGCAGGAGAGGCGCGAGGCGGAGGGAUAUGCUGAGAGGGUUAGGGAGCUGGAGAGUGGGAUGAGGGUCAAGCUGCGCGAAGGGUGGGGAGGGGAGGAACCUCUUAGUCCUGGAUUGGGACUGGGAGAGGCGCAUGAGACGGAGGGAGAGGCGUUGACCCUUGAUGACGCCUUGAGCGGGACGACGAUGACUGAUCUCAAGCUGCGUAUCCGGGCUCUUGAGCGUGAGCUCCUGGACGCCCAGCAGGAGAAUGGGACUGCUUCCCGUGUACUGGUGCUCGAGAACUUGCUCGAGGACGCCAAUCGGCUCAAGGCGAGGUACGAGAAGGAGUACCUGGCUGCGCACAGGGAGGCCCUGGUGCUCCGCCGCGAGGUGGAGGAGAUCCGCGCGGGUAAGGGAGGCGCAGAGAGCGGGGAGAUGGUCAUCGCCGUCCGGAAGAGGCUGAACGAGCUUGUGGAAGAACUGGACGGGACGAAGAAGAGCUUGGAAGAGAAGGGUGUGGAGCUGGAUUCUGUCCUGCGGGAACUGACGGUCGCCAAGUCGGAUUUGAAUUUGGUAAACAAGGACCAGCUGGAGAUACUCGCUUCCCUCCGCGCAUCUGUCUCGUCUGACAACGCCGGUCUUUCUGCGGAGCUGGACAGGCUCAAGCAGGUAGAACGCGAGCUGAGAGAGAAGAACCGGAUGCAGAUGGAGCAGGUCAACGGCUUGCUCAUGGAGAAGAUCGAGUUGCAGGGAGAAGGUAUCGGGCAGCGGGAAGCGAUGCUCAAGCGGGAAAGGGAUAUCGGGGACCUGCGCGCGUCUAUUGCCGGCAAGGACCUGCCUGAAGAGACUAAGAGGCGGCUCAUCGAUUUGGCGGACGAGAAUGCCAGGCUGAAGGAAGAGAUCAAGCUCGAGAGACAGAAGCUUGUCAAGGCUCGCCAGUUUAUCAAGGACCAGGAUGAACUGUUCAGCAAGCAGCAUGCGGGCAAGGUCGAUCCUGGCACGUUUACCGAAGCUGAGAAGGCGUACAAGUCGCAGAUCGGCACGCUCGAGGAUAAGAUCGCGCUUCUCACGCGGACGAUCAAGGAGAACGCCGCUGCGUACGAUCGGGAAAAACAACAGCUGCAGAGCUCGUUCCGCGUCCUAGGAUCACAGCAGCGUCAGACCCAACUUCGCACUGCAGCCUCUCGUACCGGAACACGCCUGCAGCCGCAGAGCUGGCUAGCCCAACAGCGGGAACACACAGAUGAUGGCCAACCUCUCCCGCUGAGAGUGGAGAGGCUGGUCAUACCCCGCCCGCUCCGUAUGGGCUGGAACUUGACGACCCACUCUAUGCCCGCGAGGAAUGUGGGAAGGGCGAUCGAGUAUCUUGCCUAUACGUACACGAGGCACUUGUUAUAGGUUUAUGAUUGUAACGUAUUACGAAGUUAUGAAUACACGAUUAAU